AUGUCCCGCAACAUUUGCAUCACCGCGGUCGAGGGCCAGACUGGCUUCCUCAUCGCCGAGCUGCUCCUCACGAACAAUUCCUUCUCCGGGAAAUUAGAUUCGCUCGUGGGCCUCACGCUUGAUCCCAAGGCCGACAAAGCAAAGGAGCUCGAGUCGCUGGGAGCCAAGAUUGUACCGCAUUCACCAGGCCGCGUCAGGGACACAAUCAAGGCACUGAAGAGCACGGGCUGCGACACACUCUGCUUGGUGCCGCCGGCGAGCGUGGACAAGAAGGACAUCUGUCUCGAGCUAGUGGCUGCGGCGUCCAAAGCGGGCGUGCCGAACGUGUGCCUGAUCAGCUCGGCCGGGUGCGACUAUGCCGAUCCGAAGUUGCACCCACGAUUGCGAGAAUUCAUUGAGAUCGAGACGGCAGUCUUGCAGGCCAAGGGCGACCCCUCCACCUCCACCGGCCACUCUCCCUGUGUGAUUCGGGCUGGAUUCUACGCGGAAAAUAUCCUAUUAUAUGCACCCCAGGCAAAGUCUGAGGGCAUAUUGCCCCUGCCAAUUGGCAAAAACCACAAGUUUGCGCCAGUGGCACUUGGGGAUGUUGCACAAGUUGCUGCCCAUGUCUUGACGGGCAAGGGAGAACACGGCUUCGACGAUAGACACCGAGGCCAGAUGAUGAUUGUCACUGGACCGAUGCUCUGCGCUGGCAACGAGCUGGCAGAAGCCGCAAGCCAAGCCCUUGGAUCGCCUAUGGAGUUCGAGAAUGUGUCACAGGCCGAGGCCAAGAGGAUUCUCAAGUCACAGUCAGAUAGCGACGAGUCUGAGAAGCAGUACAUCCUCGAAUAUUAUAGCCUCGUCCGCCAGGGCAGCACAAACUACAUCGCUACAACGGCUUUCCACGAUGUCACGGGUGAACACCCAACUCAGCCCACGGACUUCUUCAAGCUCUACAAAAGUGAGUUUACGGAGCAGGAGCAGCCCAAGAAGAAGAAGUUGAGGAGAUAA